AUGACACAAGGAAUUUCUGAGGCUUUAGCGCGUCGCAGCAUUGAGGAGUACGCGCAUUUGGUCGCAGCCUCCACGAAUGACUCCGACAGAGUUUGUUUGAUUAUGGAGGCAGUUGAGGCUCCCCAUAUUUUUUUUUAUGGUGUGCUGUUGCAUAUCCCCUCCGUGAUGGCACUCGCUACAAACCCAUCAUUUGCUUGGGUACCGCAGUUGCUGGAAGUUUUAUGCUACGGCAAUACCGCAGAGUUGUGUGCACUUCCCGCAGAUGUGCAGAAACGUCUGCCCUCCUCCAUAUAUGAGAAGAUGCGCAAGUUGUCCGUUUUAUCACUUUGUAGAGGCGACGUAAUUUCCCUUAAAAAUAUACGAGAGAUCGUUGGGGGAAGCGGCGAUGUUGAAGUGGAAGUGCUUUUGCUUGAGAUGAUGUCUGAGGGACUUAUUGAGGGAUGUAUCGACCAACGACAGGAUUUAUUUCUGUUGAAGGAUUGGGCCCCCAGGGACGUUCGGCCGUCGGAAAUUGGAAAAAUGCGGGAGAAACUUGAGGCGUGGUGCGCAAACUGUGAUGCACAAAUUACAGCAAUCCAAAGAAUUUUGAAAGGUGAAGGAGAGUGGCAAUGA